AUGAGACUUACAUCUAUUGCUAUUUUCACCAUCUCAAUGGCUGUUGCCGUUGUACACGCCGAUCGUGUUUCCGGUUCUGAAGACAUCUAUCGAUCAAAUGGCCAGCUUGUCAUCAACAAUCAAGGCUCACUAAGAGGCCGUCAAUUGUACAGUCGCUCCAUCAUUGAGAAGAGAAUGCAGCCAACAAUGGAACAGAAGCAGAAAGAAGAGAUCUCCAAAGUCAUUACGGAAUUCACUAAACUUUUAGUGGCUCAGGAGGCAUCUGAGCAUGGUCGCUCGGCUCCACAAGUACAACCACAGUAUUAUUAUAUUAAUAAUGCACCUCCCAUGGCGAAUGGCUGUGGUGGAAUGCCUUGUCCACCACCACCAACUCCCCCUCCUGCUAUUGAUCCUUGUAUUGGCACAGGCUGUCCUCCCCCUCCCCCUACUUCUGAUUGUAAUGGUUCUCCUUGUCCUCCUUCAUUUCCUUCAGUACCUAACAAUAAUGGUUGCAUUGGACCUUCUUGUUUACCAACAUCCCCACCACCUCCUGGAAGUGAAAUCCCUCCUGCCAUCCAAGCAUUAUUGCCUCCCGGUUCCGCUGGUUCCGUCCCAACUCCUGGUUAUUAUGGAUAUCCUCCUGCUAUUCCAGGUAUUGCCUCUCCAGGUAUUGCUGCUCCAGGUACUGCUUCAGCUCCUUCCACCGCCGGCACUGCUGCUGUUGCUGCUGUACCUACCAAGAAGAAAGAAGAAGACAGCGAAGAGAGUGAAGAAGGCGAAGAGAAGGAUCAAGACGAAGAGAAGGAGCAAGAGGAAGAGGAGAAGAAAGAAGAAGAAGAGAAGGCCAAGGCGGAAGAAGAAGAAAAAGAUCAAGAUGAACCUGAGGAUCAAGACGAGCCUGAAGAUGAAGGUAAUAAGCAGAUCGCGAAGAGAGCAUCUGAGUCUAAUGAAAAGAGCGCUAACCCCGAUGCUACUCCUCCUCCCGAAGCAGAAGAGUCUGAAAGCCCUGGUAGUGGCAGUGGGGAGGACGAAGCUUGA